AUGAACAGGGGAAUUGAGGUUCUUUCUCCAGCCUCUUACCUCCAUAGUUCCAAUUGGUUGUUCCAAGAAAGCUUGGGGACCAAGUGGACUCCACAGGAAAACAAGUUGUUUGAGAGUGCUCUGGCUGUGUUUGACAAGGACACUCCAGACCGUUGGCUGAAGGUGGCAGCCUUGAUUCCAGGUAAAACUGUUGAUGAUGUGAUCAAACAGUAUAGGGAACUGGAAGAAGAUGUGAGUGUCAUUGAAUCUGGGUUUUUCCCAGUUCCAAUGUACACUGCUGACUCCUUCACAUUGGAGUGGGUCAACAAUCAAGGAUUUGAUGGUUUCAAGCAAUUCUAUGGUGUUACUGGCAAAAGGAGUACUUCCACUAGACCACCUGAACAGGAGAGGAAAAAAGGAGUGCCAUGGACUAAAGAGGAGCACAGGCAAUUUCUGAUGGGUCUGAAGAAGUAUGGUAAAGGAGACUGGAGAAACAUCUCCCGCAAUUUUGUGACCACAAGGACACCAACUCAGGUUGCAAGCCAUGCUCAGAAGUAUUUCAUCAGGCAGCUAAUUGAGGGAAAGGAUAAGAAGAGAUCAAGUAUCCAUGACAUCACGAUGGUGAAUCUCCCCGAAACAAAUUCUCCUUCACCAGAAGAUCACUCAGUGAAGGAUGUGAAUCCAACCCAGAAUCAGAAACUGUGUAGCAUAGUCAAACAGGAAUAUGAAUGGAAAUUGCCAUGUGAGAGUGUGCCUGUGUUUUCCAAUUCAGCAAACGGAAAUAUGUUAAUGACGCCACUAUGUGGAGUUUCCUCAUAUGGGUCUAAACCGCUUCAGGAGCAGUAUUUGUUCACUGGUUCUCUCCAAGGAUGCCAAUUUGGACCCUUUGACACUAAUAUGAAAAUGCAGUCCAUGCAUAAUCAAUGA